ACAUCAACUCCCCCCCUCCCCCUCUGUCUCCAACCAUGGCGAAGGCAACAACGUCUAUGUGGUCCGCACCGAUCUCCUCCUUCCUCCUACCCCGCGGGGACACCCUUUUAUACUACCUCGCCCUAAUGUCCAUCGUCUCCCUCCUCUCCCAACACCUCUACCGCUGCUCUGCUCUUUCCCCUCACUUCGAAGGCUUUGAAGCCGACGAAGACGAAGAAGAAAAUCCCUCCGAUCCUUCCUUAAUUACCGAUCUACCCCUCCCCCCUCCCACUCUCACCCAAUCCCACUUUGAAGAGACCGACCACGGCCCGCCUUUGAAAUCCCAGCCGUCCGAUCCUCCCUCCCCAAAACCUUCUUCGUCUGCGCCGUCCUUCGAGUAUUGGGAUGAAGAUGAAUUUGAAGGCCUCCCUGUAGUCACUGAUCCGGUCCCGUCCGAAUUUCCCUCCGCCGAUCCGACGCCUGCCUCAUCUCAGCCGUCCGAUCCUAUCUCGCCGUCGAAACCGCCAGCCCCCCGCUCUUACACCAUUGAGAUUGUGUCCGUCUCCUUCCUCAUCGCUUUCAUCCUUAACUACUUCACCGGGAAGCGUGAGAAUGAGAACAUUGCGCUGGCGUGGGCCGCGAAGUUCGCGACCAAGGAUACGAUCUUUGAGAAGAAUUUCAGCCUUUUGGGCACCGGCGAUGGGAACGACACCCCACUGCUGCUGAAAGAAGGACAGGAUGUGUUCAAGUUCUAUGCAAGCGGGCGGCGCUUCUGCCAGGGCCUGCUUGCUACGAUGGAGCUCAAGUGCAGGCACGAUCUGAUCGCGAGGAUCUAUAAUCUGAUCGUCCCAAGCAAAGAUUUGAUCACGUUUGAGGUCUACAUGAACGAGGACAGCAUGGAUCAGGUGGUUUUUGCAUUGGCGAGGAAGAAGGCUGCGAAAGCGAUGCAGAAGGAGGUGAGGGAUCUUCAGCGGUAUGCGAAUUUGGUGUCGGUGCCUGCAGGCCGAAAGUGGGUCGCAGAGGAUCUGGCAGUGGUGGCAGAAUCGAAGGAAGUAGCAGGGGAUCUUGUCACAGAGGCUGUGCUCGAACAGGUGUUUGGCGACAAAGCAUUUGAGAAGUACGGGAAGUGGUUCAUUUCAUUGCAUUUCUCCGAUCAACACUCUGGCUCUUACCGGAAGGUGCUGAUGUUCAAGUUUGCUCUACCCGAUGCAAACAACAUGGCUGACCUGACGAGAUUGGUGGCCCUUGUACCCUAUUAUAUUGAUCUAAUUGGGCGAUACAAACUCAGCCCACAGGCCCGCUCCAAGACAGAAGCAGCUAGAUCGAAGGCAGCCCAGGAGGCAUAUAAAGAACUACAGUUUGCUAGGCAAGAAGCAUUGCAGAAGAAGAAGGCAGAGAGGAGGAAGACGAUGGAGGAGGCCGAGGCGAAGCUCAGCGCUGAGGCUAUUCGAAAGAAGGAAGAGAGAGAGCGCGCCAGGCAGAUGAAGAAGGCCGGUCCCAAAGUGAAGAUGACUCGUGCCCACUAGAUCUAGACCAGUUGCAUUUUCCUGUAAGCUUCUGACCUUUCUGUUUUAGAGCCCAGUUUCCUUGGGUCCUAUAUGUCAUCUUCCUAGCCAAAGUUUGAUUAACAGUGUUCCAUUAGGCCCCACAAGCUGUACCUUAUUCUUCUCUUUAAAUAGUUGAAUCUUUGACGUCAGGACAUA